GUUGAGCAAGUAUACGACAAUAAUGAUAGCACACAACGAUCUAUAAAAUACAUUAUCAUCAAGCUGCAAUUUGUUGGAAGAAAUUACUUAAAAGAUAUGAGCUCCGUAUACGUAUCAUUAUUUGCCAAUGCUAUUAUCGUAGCGCUGAUGGCCAUGUACGUAUACGAAAAUGAAAGAAGAAUGGGGGAAAUGUCAACAAAGCUUGAUCGAACAGGAAAUACACCAAAUGACAAAACUACGACUCGGGAUGCUGUUGAUCACCUGCAUAUUGCCGAAAAAUUUGUCGACAAAGUUGUAGAAUUACUUUCCAAUAGAUGUGUAUGUAAACACGACAAAGAGAAGAAUGAUGACAAUAAAGGGUUGGAGGAAGAGUGUAAAGUCAAAAGACCAUCUGACUGUUUUGAUUUGGAUAAAUCUACAUGUAAAAGUGGAAUCUACAAGAUUUACCCUGAAAAAACUUCUGGUUUCGACGUUUUCUGUGAAAUGGAGGAGCAUGGAGGGGGCUGGACAGUAUUCCAGCGGAGGAUGAAUGGUAAAAUCAAUUUCUACCGAGACUGGGAAUCGUAUAAAACUGGAUUUGGUAAUAUGAACGAAGAACAUUGGUUAGGAAACGAGCACUUGUAUCAGCUGACUUCACAAGGAAGGUACAUACUUAGGAUAGACAUGUCAGACUUUAAUAGCAAUCAGAGACAUGCUGAAUAUAGUCAAUUCUCUGUUGGUAGUGAAACUGCAGGAUAUAAAAUAGAUGUCACUGGUUACUCUGGGGACGCAGGUGAUGCUAUGAAGUUACACAAUGGAAACAAAUUUUCAACAAUGGAUAAAGAUAAUGACGUAUGUAAAGAUAACUGCGCUGCAUUGUUUAAAGGUGGGUGGUGGUAUGAGUCAUGCCAUUAUAGCAACUUAAAUGGCCUCUAUAGUAAAGGAAGCCACUCACCAUAUGCUGAUGGUGUUAACUGGUAUCAAUGGAAGGGUUACAACUACUCAUUAGAGACAACUACUAUGAUGAUCCGAAGAAUAUAAACUGAUAUACAUAAUUCCAAACAAGCUAGAACACAUAAUUAUCAAUGUCUUACUCCAAUCAAUUAUGCCUGUAUCAAUUCAGGAAUAUGACAGUUGUUAUCCUUUUGUUUGAUGUGUUUCAGCUUUUGAUUUUUCUAUUUGAUUAGGGAAUUUUUGUUUUGAAUUAUCCUCGGAAAUCAGUAUUUUCUUUCGGAUUUUACUUUUUAAGAUAUAUCCAGUCAUUCAGGCAUACAUUUUAGCAGAAAAUAUCGUGUUGAAAAAGUCUUCGUCAACUGAACAUGUUUGUACUCUUAUGAAAUUCGUUAUCGCUGUGGUUGUGAUUUUAUUGUUAUUGGUAGAGUUCAAAUAAAGUAGUCCAUCAUUCAUC